AUGCACCACUUUGUGCCUCCGCUCGUGCUCAUGCCGUUCCACGUCAAACAAUCUUUGGACGGCAAGAAAACGGAAAUUUUAUGGAGGCAAGUGCCGUGGCAUCUACGCAUUCACUGCUACAAACUCUUGGUGGGGCAGCAUCUCCAAACGCAGACGGUGCGUUUCGUUCAUGUUUUGUUUUUGUUCCAAAAGCAAAAAGUCCUUCAAUUUCAGAAGCAAAUCUUCGUGUGCCUGAAAAAGUGCGCAAUUGAACCGUUGAAGGGCGAUCCGUUCACUUUGAAAUCCACAAAUCUCUGGGCAAUGCGCGACCAAAACGUAUGCUUGAAACUUAAAAAUUAGAAAAAAAGGGGGCGUGGUCUGGCUGGCGCGAAUGUUUUCUUUUGUCAAACAAAACUAAAAGUUUGCACUAACGUGCUCGCAAUUAUUGCGCACAUUUUACACCUAAAACAAGCAGAUUUUAUUCAGAAAAUUAACAAUUGAAUUGGAUUUUUAGCUUUGUACUGGUCCUGCCUGAAAUCUGUUCAGCUUGGCCGGACGAGCUGCGAAAACGUCUCGAAAGUUGUGUUCCCACAAAAAUUUCAAUCAAAUAUCUAUUUUUUCGAAGUUCAUCCGAUAAAGUGUUGUAAAAUCGCGUCUCAGCGCCGACCACGCCCUCUUUUUCACUUCUGGGCGCCGUGCCGUGACUAUUCGGUAAAUUCGGUAGGUCACGCAAGCGUCAGGUUUGCGUAAAAGUUGCGGACUUUUACCGAGUCUAAUUAUGUAUAGCAGUGUGCUUCCAGAAGACUGUCCAGCGCAAGUUCACGGUAAACGUGCUCAACACCACCGGCUUUUCCCCGAUUCAUUACAACUACAAUGCAUUCGAGGGCUCGCCGAUCACUCUCCUUCACGGAGCCGACAACCUGGACUUGAACGGCAAAAUGCUCAGCUGGAAGUAGGCGAUUUUCGCGUUUCUCUUGUAGUUCAAAUGUUUGAUUUCAGAAUUUUCGACUGA